AUGUCUACCGCCACCGCUCCCAAGAUCAAGCUGUACACCAACCACGGCUGCCCAUGGGCCCACCGUGCACACAUCGCCCUCGCUGAGCUUGGCCUCCCCUUUGAGGAAGAAAUCAUCGACCUCUCGGUGCCCCGCACAAAGGAGUACCUCGCCAUCAACCCGCGGGGCUUGGUCCCGUCGCUCUCCUACGACGGCGAGAUCAUCACCGAGUCGGCCAUCGUCAGCCAGUUCCUCGCCGACGCGCACCCGUCCCACCUCCUCCCCGCCGCCGGGUCCGGCAAGGACGCCGCGCUGCGCCGCGCGCGCAUCAACUUUUUCGUCGACACGUACUUUAGCAAGGCCAACUCUUCGCUGUUCAAGCUGCAGCUGGCCAAGUCGGAGGCCGAGGUCGGAGAGAUUGCCACUGGCUUCAUUGAUGUUAUUGCAAAGGAGAUUGAGCCGCUGUUGAAGGAUGCUGCGCCGUAUUUCGGGGGUAGCGAUAAGGUUACCUUGGCCGAGGUUCUUACCGGCUCAUUCACCCUGCGACUCUUCUCUUUUGCAAACUACGAGCUUAUCCCAAAGAGCAUCCUGACCUCCUUGGAAGAAAAGGCCCCGAGCUUCUACAAGUGGGCGCAGGUCGUCAACGAUACCCCUAGCGUCAACGGUAUCUACGAUGAGAAGACCGUGGUGGAGCGGACGAAGCAGCGCAUCGGUGCUUUGAAGGCUGCUCAGGCUUGA